UUUAGUCCAUCACAAAGAUCUAAUUUUGAAUAUUUUUAGAUUUAUGAAGAUUUUACAAUGACUGAUAUAGUACAGAGUGAGUGGGUUGUGGAUCCCAAAAAUUCAAAUGUUAUGAUUCGUAGAGUCAGUCUCAGUAAGGAACGAGAGUACUGGGACAGGGUUAAUCAUGAGGGAGAAUCAGUUUUCUCUGUAGCUAGGAUGUUUGAAAACCAGGAGAAGGUGAACCCGUCCCAACCUGUCCAUAAACCUGGGAAACUGAACCGACAGUCCUUUGUAGAAAUAUUCUCUAAUGCAGGUGAGAUAGCUAAACCUGAGAUAAAGACAGGGCGGAUUGAUGUUCAAGAGUCUGUGUGGGAGUUAGGACUGGAGCAGGAGAGAGAAACUAAACCCAAUAUCAGAGUUGGAAAACUAAAUACACAAAACCUUUUCCAGAACCAGGAGGAGAGAGAGGAAAUGAUUAAACCAAAGGCGAAUAUAGGAAAGUUGGAUCCACACCAGAUCUUUAAUUCGAAACAGGAGAACAAGGAGAACGUAAAGGAGGUUCCAAGAAUAGGACGGAUAAAUCCAGAAACCGUUUUCCAACAUAGUUUCUCCGAACCGUUGAGGUCUCCAGAAAAUGCUCCAAAGAUCGGAAAAAUCGAUUUGGGAAGUGUUUUUGAAAAUGGGACUGAGGAGAACAAGGUUCAAGAACGUAAAGUCGGCAAACUCAGGGUACAGGAGUCCAGUUUAUUUGAGAACCCUGAGCCUAAGCCUAGAGUUGAGGUUGGAAAACUUAAUCCUGAAUCUAUUUUUAAACCUUCUCCUCCGUCGGAAGAAAAAUUUGAGAUUAAAAUUGGAAAGAUUGAUACGUCAAACCUAUUUCGAGCUGUUGAUCCAGUAGAACCCAUAGUUCAACCCUUGAUUUCUGUCGGAAAACUGAACCCUGCAAGAAAUCCUUUCAGGGAACCCUCCCCGGAGGAUAAACCUAGAGUUAAAGUUGGAAAAAUUAAACCAAAACAAUUUCUUCCUGAUUCUCCGAUAGAUGACAAACCUGAGCUAGUUGUGGGAAAGCUAAACCCGGAGAAUAUAUUCCCGCUCUCUCCAUCCCAUUCGGAGGAAGUAAAGUUCUACAAACCCACGGUUCAACCCAAGAAAAUGAAGGUUGAGCAAGUUUUUCCGCUCCUCAUGCAAGAGGAACCAAGAAUCCAGAAGGAGGAGGUUAGGGUCGGUAAAAUUUCUCUGGCAGCAUUUAAACCUACGGAGGAAGAUACUGAGUUGUCUCCCAGUCCUAGUCCUAAAGUUGGAAAACUAGAUCCUUCUAAACUGUUUAACCAGGUUCAGGAUGAAAAGGAAGGGUUCUCAAGGGAAACGAAAAGAGAAAUUCGGAAACUAGAUCUCAGCAAGGUUUUCGAAACCGUUCAGGACUCCGGGAUUCAGGAACAUCGAGAGGAAUCGAGUCCAAUCCAGGUUGGAAAAUUGCGGAGCAGUAUCUUUGAGCAGGUUCAGGUUCAAGAGAAUAAUGAACCAAUUCCUGUUCGUGGAGCAAGGCGGGUUAAUAAGGGAAACAGGAUCUCCUGUCUCAUAGAAAACCUUGGGACGGAGAGAGCGGAGGAGGUUGAAGAGAGGAGGGACGAGGACGACAAGGAGGUUGAGGAUCUCAAACUAGGUCGGAACAGGAUGUCUCAAAUUCAGAGCAUGUUCUCCGGUUCUCAAUCAGAUUCUGUCUCUCCACUCCGAACCCGGAACUUAGGAUCAGAUCGAGGAGACUCAGAAACUCCUUACUCCGAGUUCUCUGAGCUCCGGGACGAAGGACUUGUCUCUACAAACCUGCAUAGAUUCACCACAGGAAAUAUUUUGGGUGGAGGAUCUAACACGACAGGAAGAAAACCAUCCUUGGUAGAAACUAACUACAUUGAUAAGAAACAUAUAGAAUCCGUCACCGCCAAGUUUGACGGAGGAAUAUCAACAGAUUCGUCCGUCGAACGACGAGAGAAACUUCCGGUCGGAAAACUACGAAAUCCAGAAUCUUUCCUCCAACAGCAACAGGACACUGAGGAGGAAACCCAUCAGAAAGUUAGGGUUGGAAAACUAAACUCAGAUAUUUUCAAGGUUCAGUCGGAAUCUGAAGAGCCAUCCAAACCCAUACUCCGAGUGGGUAAACUAAAUACGGAGAAUCUAUUCCCAAAACCUGAAGAAACCCAACCUAAACCUCAGCCUAAAGUUGGAAAAAUCUCGACAAAGGACCUGUUCGAACGAGAUGGGGGAGGGAUGGAGGAGGAGGUGGACGUAUCUUGUAUCCGGGUUGGUAAACUUACAGAGAGCAGGUUUAGAUUGAGCUCUGACAUAUCGGAGAUAGAGAAAGAUACAGAUACAAAUAUCGUUCCAUCAGGAAUGGUUGCUAAGAGUGCAUCUGCAUUUAUACAAACUGGUUUUGAUGAAAAAUCUCCAAGUAAACUGAGCAGAAACAACACAAUCACCAGGAAAUCAAAGAGUGGGGACUGCGAGCUACAGAAGAAGUAUAUGGAGCAAACUGCGGGAAAACUGCAGGAGUUCAAAGACAAGACGGCUUCAGAAGCAAGUGAGGAUUUAAAUAAGAUUCAGGAGGGAUCCGUCCGAGGGGUGUCCUCCAGGUUACUCUACGAGGAUCAGGCAAAGCCUGCGGAGAAGAUUGAGGUGUCAGCAAGAGAAAAGAGGGACGAGGAGCUCCAAAAUAUCAAGGUUGGGGAUGCAAGGGAGAAGUUCUUUAGUUCAAUGAUCUCAAGUAGUGAGACUAAAUCCAGUAGUGCUCACAGACUGGGCACAUCUCUCCUUCCUACAGUUCCUGGUGCAGGAAUUGGGGUUGGAUUCAACAAAGGAAAAGCUCUGUUCCAACGGUGCCAGGAGAAGGUUGAGGAGAAGAAGAAAGAAGAAUUGAUCCCUGGAGUAGAUUUCCAAGAGAUCGAGGACGAAUUCGAGAGGUUGCAUCGAGAAAUGAUGGGAGAACCGGAAGAAUGAAAUUUUCUUAAUUUGGAAAUUUUUGGAUUUUUAUGACAUUUACUCUGAUCUUCCACGCUGUUCUUUUAUUUUUAUUUUUGUAAAUAAUUUUCAAGUAUUUUUAAGUGGAAAUGUAAAUGUCUGAUUCUGGAAAAAUUAUUUAAACAAAAUAAACUUGAAUAAAUGUCUUAAAUCGCUGUUAAAAACAA